AAAAAAAAAAAAAAAAAAAAACUUGCAGUGCAGGAUUAGACUACAUGUUCACUCAGUAGGAGACUUUGUUCAAUGUUUAACCGCACAGGAAGAGACCUGCAGCGGGGACCCUCUGAGAGAAAUGGCGUUGUUUCUGCUCGGAAGACGUUUGUUUAAACGCAGAGGCGACAUUCACAGAGCCGCGACAGCGAUCCAGCCCUUCGUACUCUGCUCCUCCAUGGCCUCAGGCAGGCAGCAUGUUAACGGAGUGGAUCUGUACUACGAGCAGACAGGGAGAGGGAAACACGCUGUGCUGCUGCUUCCUGGUGCUCUGGGAAGCACGAGGACAGAUUUUGGUCCUCAGCUUAAGGCUCUCAACAAAGAGCACUUCACUGUAGUCGGCUGGGAUCCCCGUGGUUACGGGCGAUCCCGUCCCCCAGACAGAGACUUUCCCUCUGACUUCUUCGAGCGAGAUGCAAAGGAUGCAGUGGGUCUGAUGAAGGCGUUGGGCUUUGGUAAGUUCUCUCUGCUGGGGUGGAGUGAUGGAGGGAUCACCGCUCUGAUCGCGGCAGCGAGAAACCCCGACCUGAUCAACAAGAUGGUCGUAUGGGGAUCCAACGCCUUCGUUUCCCAGCAUGACCUGGAGCUUUACGAUGCGGUCCGUGAUGUCUCCAAAUGGAGUGCGAGGAUGAGGCAGCCCAUGGAGGAGGUGUACGGAGCAGAAGUCUUCGCUAAAACGUGGGACGGCUGGGUGGACGGCAUCGCACGGUUUGCAAAAAGACCAGAAGGGAGUAUCUGCAUGGAGCUUCUGCCCCUCAUCACCUGUCCGACCCUCAUCAUUCAUGGAGAGAAAGACCCCAUGGUGCCCAGCUUCCACCCACAGUACCUCCUGAAACACAUCAAGGGAUCCCGAUUACAUCUGAUGCCAGAGGGCAAACACAAUCUGCACCUGAGGUACGCUGAAGAAUUCAACAAACUGGUGGAAGACUUUCUGGAAGGUUGACUGAUACAGUGAAACAAACCGUCCUUUUGUGGUGGAGGCUCAUUGCAAAUAUUUACAUUGGGAAACUUAAUUUUGUCGAUUAUUUCACUUUCACUGUUUUCAUGAGGUUCAAAAUUGAUGCAUUAAUUGUUAAAUACUGUGUAUUUUCUUAAUAUUUCUAGAUUUCAGUGUAAAUUUUUUUCUCUGAUUAAAUAUUUCACAAAGACA